CACAGUCCAGUUCAUUCUCCCCAGUUUCUUCGUCGAACAGCUCAGAAUUAUUUUUUCAAAUGGAUGCGUUGUCCAUUCCUGCAGACAGACAUAAAGGAUGGUACCUUUCUCUAAUGGCACCCAACACUAAGGGACCGACAUUUGCCUGGCUGGACCCGUCAAGACUUUACUGCAACUCCCAGGCUAUUUCAGACUGUGUCAAAGACCUGCUCAGUCCAUUCCACAAUGACACUAUUGACCUUGUUGCCGGGAUAGAUGCAAUGGGAUUCAUUCUAGGGGCGUCUGUUGCCACCACCCUCGGAAAAGGUUUUCUGGCAAUCCGCAAAGCAGGACACCUGUGUGUCGCAACCCAAAACCAAAACUACACAGACUACACAGGCAGAGAAAAGACUAUGGAAGUAAGACUGGAUGUGCUAAAACCAGGUCUGAGGGUGCUGUUAGUGGACCAAUGGAUAGAGACUGGAGGCACAAUGAAGGCCGCCAUCCAGCUGGUGGAGAGGCUGGGCGCCACCGUUGCAGGUGUAGCAGCUGUGGCCAUCGAGAACACUGAAGGGGGGAAGUGGAUUAAGGAAAACUACAAAUUCUCUCACUGCAUCCCUGAAGAGCUCCAGAGCCAAAUUGAUAGGAAGCAUCUCGAUUCCUUCAAAAGCUUCAACAUCUGAACCAGGAAACAUUAUUAAAGUUCAGGAAAGGAGAAAGGUGAUAUUUUCUAAGACUGAGAUGAUCAAGACAUACUUUUACCUGCAUAAUGAUGUUGCAUUUAACAACUACAGUGAGAUCCCUGUUUAAUAAGAUUCUUUUUUGAAAUAAAAUAAGCAUUACUUUGAUUUUAACUAAAUAACCGCUCGCCUCGAUUACUGCGAUUCCCUUUUCACCUGCCUUAUUGCCCUGGCACGUCUUCAGCUUGUACAAAAUGCAGCAGCUAGGCUAUUAACAAGGACUGACUGUAGAUCUCACAUCACUCAUAUUUUAGCCUCACU